AUGCACAGGUCGGGGAGCAAGAAGGGGGGCAUGGACGAGCUAUGCGUGGGGAGGACGGUGCCGCCGCCGCAGGCCGGGGGAGGGGAGCGGGCGGCGGCGGCGGCGGUGGCGGCAGAAUUGGGCGAGGAGAUUGCGCUGCUGCCGAGAUACGACCCGCGGUCGGACAUGGCGAGGAAGGAGGCGGCGCGGAGGAGGGCGGCUGAGGGCGCCGUCCACAUAAUCCCCCUCGUGGUCCUCGCCUGCGCCGCCGUGCUCUGGUUCUUCUCCGACACACGUGCGGCGGGGUUGCCCUGAUCCGCCGCCCUUUGCUUCUGCCCGCAGGAAAGAAAAUUCCCACUUUAUUUCUCAAAAAUAAGACUCCGCGUCUGUAUAAAUAUAUAUGUAUGCGAUCGUAUCGCUCGUUCCCGGCCUUUUUUUAACGCAAAUGUAUUGGAUUUUAUGAUUUUUUUAUCAAUGAUUUAAAUUUAAUUAAUAAAUCUGCCCGAAUUUUGUAUGGCACUUAUUAAAUUUGCUCGAAAUAUAUAAACCGGAUGCGUGCACACCCAUACAUAGAGAGAGAGAGAGAGAGAGAGAGAGAGAGAGAGAGAGAGAGAGAGAGAGGAGAUGCACAAAAUCAGAGGUGGAAAAGUAUGAGCGUGCACAGAGAAAGAGAGCCAAGUUAAGAUCUCUCUCUCUCUCUCUCUCUCUCGCGCUCGCUCGCUCGCUCUCUAUUUAUAUGUAUAUGUAAAUGGAGUGGGCCCAAAGUUCAAGGCCCAUGGGCGGAGAUUGGGGCCAACUAAGCCCAAGAAGCCUACCGAGGGGAGGUGCACGAAUGCGUUGUGUCCGUCAGAUCUGUGAUACACGUUUCCAAGGGGCAUGCCCCGAAGAUCGGACGGCCAAGAACCUGUCGGCGGUGAUCGUCGUCCAUUUCGUACAGUCGAAUCGAAUUUCUGGCUCUCCUUAGUCCUCGUUGAUGGCGUCCUCUCCUAUAUAAUAUCACCCGCUGUUCCCCCUUCCUCGCAAACUCUCUCUCUCUCUCUCUCGUUCCCCCUCCAUCUCUACCUUGUCUAUGAACACCACGAUGUUUACAUCGAAUCCCCUGAGAAGGUAGAGUAG